AUGGCAGAUCAGCGACAAGAUAGCCAGUUACUGCUGCAACCGCCCGAACCACUUAGCCACGAGAAAUCUAGGCCACUAGGUGUGGGUAUCUCAGACUGUACCCCUCUGAACUCCUUAGGGAGCGUCGAAUCGUCUCUCGUGCAGCCGUCAAGCAUCACCAAAGCUCCGAGUAUGCAAUCUUCUAUGAGUAGGGACACGUCUUCACCUCGACGAUCCGAAUAUUUCCUCAAAUCCGAUGCAUUUUCUGCCGCCACCAAGUUAGAAGUCAAACGACUCGCUGGAGAAAAUUGCUGGGCGUGUGGGAGUGAGCCAGCCCAUAUUUGUCACAUUAUCGCGAAAGAGGACUCGCAGGUGGGAAACGCUACUCCUGCUAAUUGUUAUCGGAAUGAGGCUAACAUUCUCCCUAUGCGCAAGGCACCAUUAUGGAAUGAAUUUGGUCUAAUAACCUUCUCCUUAACCUCAGCUGGAAAUGCGGUCCCUCUAUGCCCUACAUGCCAUAAUCAGUUUGACUUGGCUACCGACCCAGGCUUCCUCUUUAUUCCCACAGAUCUUCAAUACUUCAUCCAAUUCGAGCUCAAGGACAGGGGGCGCAGAAGAGCAGAUAUGGAGCAAGGGAUCAUCUCGAAACGAGAGAUUCCAACUAGGGACAUGUACAGGGCUCAUCAAGUGAAACAAGGGAUAAUUUCGGCUGACUCUGUAGGAGGGCUGUACCUCCCAAUUUUUCUGAAGCAUUAUUUCCAUUGUAAUCAACUCCCAUUUGAUGUUUUGCCGUAUUUCUCCCGACCGAAACAGUGGCAUGGAGCUCCCUUGGCCACUUUCCGUAGGGCUUUUCCUGUCCUUGGAAGUGCACGUCUAAACGCUCUAAGCCGUCAGACGCGCCUGGAAUUACAGCAGCUACGCGACUUGUACUUCCUCACCGAGGAGGAAGAUUCGCCAAGCAUGGUUCCUGGUUCCAUGCCGACGCCAAGACCUCGAGCUGACGACCAAGAAAGCAAGCGAUCACCCGAUGACGAUACGCGAGAUGACACAGGCUCAAAAAAACCAAAGUCUAUAGCAAGAGGAGAUGCAGCACGAGAAAAGGGCGACAGGAGUGGGGAGGCAGGCACACAUCGACAAUGUCCUGCCACCCUCAGAGAUUCUUCCCUCGACUGGGUCUUGGGGCCAGACAUUCCUACAGAAGAAGCUGUACGCCGAUACGCACCAGUGUUAGCUCGCUCAAGUCUAUCAUCUACCUUGGAGGGUGCUAAUGUUACCUAA